UUUUUUUUUGAUGUAGGUUGUCUCUCCUGUUAAAAUGACUUUCGAAAUAUAUGUGACCUGUGUGGUACCUAUAAGCGCAUUCUUUGCAUCCAGCCUCUGGUUCGGAAAUACUGCAUAUUUGCACAUUUCAGUUGCCUUCAUACAGAUGCUCAAAGCACUAAUGCCGGUAGCAACAUUUCUCAUGGCCGUUGUCUGUGGCACGGACAAAGCAAGGUGUGACGUGUUCAUGAACAUGGUGCUAGUCAGUGUUGGAGUUGUAGUAUCAUCCUAUGGCGAAAUUAAUUUCAAUGUAAUCGGCACAGUCUACCAGGUCAUGGGAAUCUUUGCUGAAGCACUUAGACUGGUGCUAACUCAAGUUCUUCUUCAAAAGAAGGGCUUGACAUUAAAUCCAGUCACCAGCUUAUACUAUAUAGCUCCAUGCAGCUUUGUUUUCCUGUCAUUGCCUUGGUAUGUACUGGAGAAACCAAAUAUAGAUGUCACGCAGAUCCAAUUCAACUUCUGGAUCUUUUUCUCAAACGCUCUCUGCGCACUUGCCUUAAACUUCUCCAUAUUCUUAGUAAUCGGAAGAACAGGCGCUGUAACCAUCCGGGUUGCUGGGGUUCUGAAAGACUGGAUUCUCAUAGCCCUCUCCACUGUCAUAUUUCCUGAAUCUACAAUCACUGGGCUGAACAUUACUGGAUAUGCUAUAGCGCUCUGUGGUGUUGUAAUGUACAAUUACAUAAAAAUCAAGGAUGUAAAAGCAAUUCCACCAAGCACGGACAGCCUCCCUGAUCGAAUCACGAAGGACUGGAAGGAGAAGAAUUCGUCAGAUGGGGGGAGCCCCAGAGGAUUGGAGCUUAACGAUGAAGAAGCCCCUCUGAUAACGUCGCGAUUGUCACAUAUCGGGCGGACACAGCUUGGAACCCACACUGCCGUCUAAGAAUGACCCCUUAUAUUGUUUCACUUAGCAGGUGAAAGACAUUAUCUCCUUUGGAACCCAAACAUUUUACAAAUAGAAUUUACCUCGGAUUACUUAACAAUGUUAGUCUUAAAAAGGAAACGCGAAUGGCAGAAUUAUUUGUAGGGUCUCUCAAUGUUAUAAAUGUGUUCACCAGGUGCAUUAGCUCCAGAGACCAUCCAUUAUGAUCCAAACAGUUCUGAGUGUUUGUGGCC